CUACACGGUUUCAUAUUAUUAUAGUCUGCCUACUGGUAAAUACACACUCAAAGCAACGUGUGUAUUAAUUUUUUUAAAAAUAACCGAAGUUCCCAUCAUUGUCACAGUAUUAUUACACUCAUUUAUUGUUGCGCUAAUAUCUAUUUUUCGGUUAAUUUUAAUAAAACAUAAUAAUAAUAUAUAGUAAUAUAAAGUGUUUUUAGUUUAAAAUCGCCGAAAUUAUAUCAUACUUUUGCCGCCUUUUUGACGAAAAAUUAUAUAUUACAGUUUAUUGUUUAACUUGCACAAUGCUCUUGUAUUGUAACUCUUAUUGCAAUACUGUCUAAUCCGUAGCUGUUGUAAUUCUAAAUUUACUAUAAAUAUUAUAUUAUACAAAUCUUAUAGAAAAAAAAAACCAUUAAAAUGACAGGUAUCCCGUUGCAAUCGUAUCCUGACUUAUUUUAUGACAUUUCAAAAAACAACACUAAUACUUUGCCUGUUUACGGUCCAUUUGAAAAGUUGUUUAUUAGCGAUUGGGCUCAUUCUAAACUGCAUCCUUAUAUAGCAGAGAACUUUGAUAGGUUACAUGUCAGACGAAUGGAACCUAUUCAACAAAACUCUUUCCAGUAUUUAAUGAACAAACAAAACUUAUCGAUGGUCGGUUUUUCAAAAGGAAAAUCACUAUCGUAUCUGUCAAGUACAAUCUCUUUAAUUUUAUAUAACAAUAAGGAGGAUAAUUAUACUUUGGGACCAAAAUGUGUGAUAUUAAGUAGUUCAUUGGGAUCUUGCAGUGUUUUAGACAGCUUAGCUAAAGAAUUGGUUAAAUCGGUCCCUAAUAAAAGUAUCAAAAUCGUUCACGCGUGUUCAUCCAUUUCAGUGCAGCAAACAAUAGUAUCUAUACUUAACGGGUGCGAUAUUCUUAUUGCCACGCCGUCAAGUUUUCAGUAUCUGUUGAAUAACAUGAAACUGUUUAAUUGGUCGAACUUGGAACAUUUUGUUUUCGACAAUAUGGAUCUUCUUUUAGGGAAUUAUAAAGAACAAAUGUUAUAUUUCUUCAAAUUGCUUUCAAAAUUAAAAGAAGAAAAACCAAUACAGUUCGUUGCGGCUUCGGUCAAGUGGAGUAAACACGUGGACGAAUAUUUGGAUGCACUGUUUGUAAAAUGGCAGUAUGUUUUCGGAUCACAUUUAGAGGCGGCACGUUAUAUGAAAAUAGGAUUUCACGUUAUACCGGCCGUUACAGACAAAAUGAAAAAAAUUUCAAAAUGUUUGAAAGAGAACAUCGAAGGACGUCGGUGUAUCCUGAUAACAUCGAGUUGCAAGGAUCAUAAAGAAAUAUUGCAUUACUUAAAUAAACACAAUUCGGAUUUGGAAAUUUAUCUGCCAGGAGAUUUAAAAAGUGCAAAAGUUUAUGUAUCUCAAAGUUGGGAAAAACCAUUGACUAAGAACAAAUUCGUGUUGAUUUGUAAUGACGAUAUGCUGUUUGAUUUCUACAUCGACAGCGCCGACUGUUUGAUACAUUAUGACAUGCCAAUUAAAAAACACAAAUUUUCAAUCAGAUUUAGCGUUCUGCAAGUUUCCAGUACUAAUUUUCAAAAAAAGACUCGUAAUACAUAUGUAUUUUUAAACGAAAAAAAUAUGAUGGACUUGCCUAAAAUUGUACAACAAAUGAAAUUAUUCGGCAACGGUAAAGUGAAUCCAGUACUAGAAACACAGGCAAAUCUUAUAUCCGAAGAGUUGGAGAAAACAAAGAUAAACCUACUUUUUUGUCCAAACUUACAGCAAUUCGGGCAUUGUCCAAAAUCGGAGUUGUGUCGUAAUCGACACAUUUUAGUCAAAGAGCUGGACGAACCGUGCGAUAAUAUUCCAAAGUCUGGACUUGCUAUAAUAAAAGUAUUGAAUGUUUACGACGCGUCGCACAUGUCUGUUAAACUUUUGAAAUUAAGCAACACCAAAAGUGUUGAGGAUUUCCCUUUUUGGUCGAAUGUUGAAGAUUAUUCUUCCGUCGCUAGUUCCAAAGUCAAUUGUUAUUUUUCCAGUCAAAAACAACAAGUUCUUCAUGAAAAUCUAAAAAUCGGCGACAAAGUAGCGGUGCAAAUAGAAACGACCAACGGGUUUAGCGAAGGCAUUUACGAAUAUUUCAGAGCUAUUAUUUUGGACAUACUCGACAACGACACUCUGAAUCCGAAAGCAAAAGUCAAACUGAUCGAUCAAGGGUGUGUGGACACGGUGUCUAAAUGGAGGAUAUUCGUUUUGCCCGAAAGGUUAAAAAGUUUGCCCACGAGUACGGUGGACCUGAUUUUAGCUUGCGUGAAACCCGUCGACUACGAUAAAACCUGGUGUCCCCAAGCCAACAUUCUUGUCAAAAAAGAUCUACAAUACAUAGAAGAUUGCCAAGAGUCGUUGAUAAUAAAGAUUAAAAUGGCUUUGGGUACGACCGUAUGGAUGGAACACUUGUAUAGGAAAUAUUGGCACGCGAAAAAAAAAAUAUACGUCAAUGAACUAGUAUUGCCCGAUUUAUUAGUCGACAAGGGAUAUGCCGAUAAAAAUUUCGACCACAUUGACAAACUUGUUGAAUUAAGUAACUCAGCUCAAAUGAACACACCGUCGGGUUUAAAAAAAAUCCUCACAGAGGAUAAUAAUUACGAAUUCACCCUAAAUGAUUACAUGUCUUUUUACAAACUGCCGACGCCCCAGUGGGCACAUUUAGAAAAAGAUGUUUGUUUUGUAUCUAUAGGCUACGUCAUAAGUCCAAGACAAUUUUUUGUUUGUAACACAAAAUUCUACGACAGUUUGGAAAAUCUGCAAAAAAAAAUCGACAGUUACAUUGAACAAAAUCUCGCAGAGAAAUUAAUUCAUAUCGUUAAAGGAGCCAUAUGCUUAGCUAGAAAUCCACACCUAACCGCCACUCAAUAUAACCGUGCCAUGGUCACAAGCAUUUUGGAUAACAAUUAUGUGGAAGUUCUAUUCGUCGAUCAUGGAGAAUUUCUCGACGUUAAGCGCAAUAGUCUACGCACUAUACAACCGAAUAUGAUAUCUGACUUACCGUUUCAAAUUGUCGAGUGUAGUUUGAGUGGCAUUAACGAGAGUGUACCCGACGAAGACGACCUUUUAGAGUUGACUAAUUACUUUUUUCAAUUAACUGAAAACCCGAUGUACCUUAAAGUAGUCGACAACGUAGUAAAAGCAAAAUUUACAGACGGCAAUCUUUACGAUGUAAUACUAUACGACGAGAAUAUAACCGUGAAUUUGAAUUUCAUGGAUUUAUUUAAACGCCAUUGCAAUGAAGUCCAAAUGAAUAGGGUCGUCGGUGUUAUUGACGCGCUAAGUAGCGAUUCUUGUCAAGAAGAUAACAACAAAGAAUACAAUGAAAAAGACAAACCGUAUCAAUUUGAUAUCGAAAAAUUACUAGAUUCGACGGACGUUGAAGAUAUCGAAGCUGAAAUUGAGUUGCUAAAUUCAUUUGGAAAGUCAGUUUUAGGAGAGGAAUACUUAAAUCUUACUCAAACAGUGUCGGAAGAUAAGAAAGAAAACGACGGGCUGCUGACGAUUAGAGAAAUCGCCGAAAACGAUGAUUCGUGUUCAGAAAAACCAACCGAAUUGACCGUUGACGUUGAAUCCGAAUCGGAUGAACUGAACGAGAAAUCUGAGAAAGCGUGUACUCGAAAAACAACGAUAAGAUCUAGACGAAACGCGCCAGAACGUAAUCAACCUUUUUGCUUGACCUGCAACACGAACAACGCAGAAUCGAUUGUACCCAAGUGUGUUUGGUACCAAGACGUUUCUUACGUGUACUUAAAAUUCGAUAUUUUGGAAUUUGACUCGUUCCACGUUGAAUCCAAUUUGGAAUCGAUCACGUUAAGUGUACGAUGCAAAAACGGCUCGUAUCUAUUCAAAGCGGUGUUGUUCGGAUUGAUUAAAGAUGAAAACGUGUCGUACAAACGGAAUUUUCAGGGUAUUUACGUUAAAGCGGAAAAAAUGAUCAACUCGAGUUACAAAUGGCCGCAUUUGUUUACUUGCGGCAGACGACACAAGUAUUUGACGUACGACCUGGAUCACGUUGAAGCCAACAACUACACCGCCUGGAUAAAAUCCAUCAAUAAAUGGAAAAUGAUGGCUAUCGGAGUACCGUUGGAAAACACUGAAGAUUACGAGUCGGACUUAAGUGUUGACGACGUCGACUCGUAUGAUGUAUUCGAAGACGCGUACGAUUAAUUUAAUAUUUUCUUCGCGAUUCACAACAGUUCCUGUGGCGAUACGGUGGUAGAAGCGGUUAUAGGUGAUAAGUGUUUGAACUUACCGCUUUGAAAACCAUUAUUUUGCUAAAUUUGAAGAAAACAGAAUUACAAUCAUAAUAAAGCUUUUGUUAUUGUAUAUUUUCUAAA